CCGGCGCCGGUCCGGCCCAGGGAAACCUGGCAGGAGGAGAGCGGGCGAGCAGGAGGCCCUGGGCUGGUGCCCGGGCACCGGAUCUGCAGGUCCUCUCGGCGUGCGGACGGCGGGGCCGCGGUGCUCUCUCCUCUCGGGCCGUGGACAGAGGCUGGGAUCCCGUCCGGGGAGGGGGAAGCCCGGAUACGGGGGUGGGACACAUGGGCACUUUCUCCUCCGCCUCCAAACGGUCUCCCUGCAUCAGCAGCCCCGGCCUCGCAGAGACUAAAGUGACAAACCUCUGAGACAAGUGCGGGUCACGUGGGGCCUCAGCUGUCGAACCCUCUGUGCUGCCCGACAUGUGCGCUGGUCCCGCCCCCUCCGGGCAUUUAAACCACAGCUGCCACCGGCCCGGCUCCCCGCCACCGGCCCGGCUCUCUGGCUCUCCCGGCCCGGCUCCCCGGCUCUCCCUACCCCAAACACCAGGCCUGAGCCCCCACCUCCCGCCAGCGCCCUCCUCCCGGCCAUGGGCACGCUCGUGGCCAAGCUGCUGCUGCCCACCCUCAGCAGCCUGGCCUUCCUGCCCGCCGUCAGCAUCGCCGCCAAGAGGCGCUUCCACAUGGAGGCCAUGGUCUACCUCUUCACCACGUUCUUCGAGGCGCUCCACCACGCCUGCCAGGGGCCCGGCCUGUCCAUCCUCUGCUUCAUGCGGCUGGACCUCCUGGAGCACUUCAGCGUCUACGGGACGGCGCUCAGCAUGUGGGUGUCGCUGAUGGCCCUGGCCGACUUCGACGAGCCCAAGCGGUCAACGUUGGUGAUGUUCGGGGUCCUGACCAUCGCCGUCCGCAUCUACCAGGACCGCGGGGGCUACGGUGUGUACUCCGGCCCCAUCGGCACCGCCGUCCUCAUCAUCGCGGUGAAGUGGCUGCGGCAGAUGAAGGAGAAGAGGGGGCUGUACCCCGACAGGAGCGUCUACGCCCAGCAGGUGGGCCCCGGGCUCUGCUUCGGGGCCCUGGCCCUGAUGCUGCGCUUCUUCUUCGAGGACUGGGACUACACCUACGUGCACAGCUUCUACCACUGCGCGCUGGCCAUGUCCUUCACCCUGCUGCUGCCCAAGCUCAACAAGAAGGCGGGGAGCCCGGGGCCGCCCGCCAAGCUGGACUGCUCCACGCUGUGCUGCGCCUGCAUCUGACCUCGGCCUCCGCCCUGGCUCCCAGCCCCCGCCCGGCCUCCCGCCUGGCGCCUCCUGCUGUCCCUCCCAGCCCAAGGGUCCAGGAGCGACUCUGUCCUCAGGUUCGAGGGCCCCAGAAACUGGGGAGCCUCUGUGCCAAGCGCCUCCAGAGAACCCACUUCCUGAGUUCCUGCUGGGGCGGCCUCAGGGCCCAUCGGGAUCAUGCGAUCACGCCUGCAGCGCCCGGGGCGUGUGUCCUCCCACCGCCCUUCCCGCUCACCGAUUGCGGGCCCCGCCCCACCCCACACCCUGCUCCUUGUCCCCUGGCCCGGGCAGGCCCACCUCGGAGGCCGGGGCCUGGGGGGCCAGCCCCCCCAGUGGGGUCUCCUAUCAAGUUGUUCUGAUGACAAUCACCAAUAACAAGCACCUCCGUGUGUUGA